ACUAGUCAGCUCUGAACUGGUCGUCACCAUGGAGAGAGCUUGCUGUAGAAAAUUAUUUUAUAUUUCGAUAUUGUGGUGUUAAAUAAAAAUAAUUCUGAUUGCUGCUGUGUAAUUUAAAUUAGCAAAAUUGUAAUUGAUACAUGGCUUAGAAUGGCUUUGCGUCAAACAUCGAGUAUUCGACAAAAAACUGGAAUCUAUACGAUAUCCUAACAUAUUGUUUUAUAAACAUUUCAGAAUGAAUGGAGGAAUGGAGCAUAAAACUCCAGGUCACAAUGCGGUGCUUCACAAAGCACCUAAAAACUACAAACUGCUCAUGGACCCAUUUCUGGUGAAGGGAGCAAAUAAACUGUACAGAUAUGAUGGUAGUGUUCCUGGAGAUGCCUCAUAUCCACCUGUACAGUGCAGAGAUCCUCGCUCACAGCUUUCGAGGAUCUGGAAUAGACUAGAACCAGCUGAUUUACCUGUCCCUAGGUUUAAAAUAGAUAAUAAUUAUGUAGGAACACCUCCACAAUUGGAAAUAACUAUAGCAAAUUUGAAUGACAACAUAGAUAAAACAUUUUUGUCGGACAUGAUGAAUAAGAUUGGUCCGUAUGAGGAAUUGAUAAUAUAUUACCAUCCAGUUACAAACAGGCAUUUGGGAUUUGCAAGAGUAGUGUUUCAAGAUGUAAAACAUGCAAAGCAAUGCAUAGAAAAAUAUAAUGGAAAAUCAGUCAUGGGCCAGGUGCUUGAUGUCUUCCACGAUGCUUUUGGUAAGAAAGUUCACGAAAUGUUCGAAAAUAAGACUGUUGACAAGAAGCCCCCGCCUGUCGCUACGGUUGUCAAGCCCCCAGUAGUUGCUGAAGAAGUGCGGCCUCCAAAGGUGGAUCCUACACUCAGUAAAAGAUUAGAAGAAACUAAGAUCACUGAAAAGGAGCCGUACCCUCGCACUCACGCUUCGUACAAGGAGGUUGAGCACAGCGACAGCAACCAGCGGUGGUCGGACGAAGAGCGAGAGUACCGACACAGGCACCGCAGCAGGAGCGAGCGAGACAGGGACAAGGAUAGGGACCGCGACAGAGAUCGAGACCGGGAGCGUUACCGCGAGCGUUACGCCCGCGGCACGAGCGAGACGAGCGAGGCCCCGUACCCGAGCGCGUCGCACGCGCCGGACGUGCCGUACACGCCGCACACGCCGCACGCCACGCACGCCCCGCACGCGCCGCACGCACCGCCCGCUGCCUUGCCCUACGACCCUUACUAUCAACAGAGCUACGGCUACAGUUACAGCGCUGGUGCGGCGGCGGGUGGCAGCAGCAUGUGGUGGGGGGACUGGCGACAUCCUCACCACACCUCCCACCACCACUCACAUCUGGAGCGUCGUUCGUCGGCCACGCCUGUGUGGGUGGCGCCGACCACGCCCGCCCAGCGGGACGCGCCCUCCCCCGAGCCCAAGGAACGCCGCGACAAAGACAAGGACAAGGAAGUUCCUGUGGAGCCUAAAGUUGAGGUAGUGGAGCCCCGCCCUCCAGAAGAUACUACAGAUAGCAGGGAACCGGAGCCCAAGCCGCCGCCACCUGCCGAGGAACCCAAGAAUUUUGAUCUGGAUACCAGGAUAGCGAUGCUGCUGAAGGGCGCGUCGACAGGUGGUGGGUUGGCGCCGCCGUUUCUGUCGCUCGGCAUCUCGUCCGAGGAGGAGGACGACGACCGCAUGCCCGCCAACAUACCGGACAUCGACACGCACAACCCGCCCUCCGACGAUGACGGUUCCAUUAGCGAUGACCGUGAGAGUAUAAUAUCGCUGAGCUCAAACAAGGACGUGGACCCCGAGCCCCUCUCCACGACGCCCUCGCCGUAUCUGUCGCGGGAGAUCUACCUCGACUGCCUUCAUCACUCUGUGGAAAAGAAACCGAACGCGGCGCCCGCCCCUCCCCGUAAGAAGUUACCGCAGCUCGACAAGAUCGGUUCCGACAUAUCGUCCUCCGAAGACGAGCUGCUGACAGGCGAGGAACCGAAACGCUCUCCCGCCGCGGAACAAGACAAGAACCAGGAUAACUUGGACGAUGACCAGAUGUCGCUAUCAUCGCUGUCGUCGACGGAGGCUAAGAUCGAGGAGCAAGUGCCGGCGGACGCGUACUACUACCCGCCGGCGGCCGCCCCGCAUCCACAUUACUACCAACCUAUGUGGCCACCUACAGCGUACCCCCCGCCGGGCUACGCGGCCCCGGGGCUGGGCGCGGGGCUGGGCGCGGGGCUGGGCGCGGGGCUGGGCGCGGGCGCGGGGCUGGCGGGCGCGGCGCUGGCCUACGGCAGCUCGCUGGCCGCGCCGCCGCUGUUGCCGCAUCACUACCCGCCGUACGCCGACACCAACCAUCCUGCACAGGAGCUUGACAACCCAUACUACCCAACAAUCAACAGCGUAAUAGAACGAGUGACAGCAGAACUGAAGCAAAUACUUAAGAAGGACUUCAACAAGAAGAUGAUAGAGAGCACAGCGUUCAAGAGCUUUGAGGUGUGGUGGGACGAGCAGAGCCGCAAGAUCAGACAGCCGAAACCGAAGGAGGAUGCUAGUCAGCCUAUACAGGAAAUUCCAACAAAGAAAGAGGAGGCUGUGGACUCAAUAAAAUCCAUAAUGGAGUCUCGGGACCUCGGCCUGGAGUUGGGUGGCUACGGGGCCGGGAUUGGGCUGGGCCUGCGAGCCACCAUCCCCAAGAUGCCCAGCUUCCGACGCAAGAGGAAGAUACCAUCACCCGUGUUCAUGGAUGACGACUCCUCCAAGAGGCUAAGUGAUCAGGAGGAGAUGGUUCAGAACUCUGAUGAAGAGAAGGAGGUACCGACGAGCCCUAGAAACAGAACGACAGGAUCCUACUUGUCCAGAAGUCGACGGCGGCAAUCCAGCAGUUCCUCAAGAUCAUCAUCAUCAUCAUCAUCCAGCCGGUCAUCGUCAUCGGGCUCGGAGCGCAAAGGCUCGGCGCCACGCAUUUACUCCGACACAGAUGACGACUCCGAACUCGAUGAGGCUGAGCUCAAGGUGGUUUCAAACAAGGAGAGGCUAAGGCGAGUGUACUCGUCGUCAUCAGACAGUGAGGAGGAACAGAGCAGAAGAGAAAAGACUCCUAUCCCUCAAAUGGAAGCCUGGGAAGGCUCAGGCUCUGGUGGCGAGGCGCCCGCAGCCGCCAGCCCGCCGCGAGACCUGCUGCUAGACCGCGUGUACUCAGACUCAGAGGAGGAGAGGGAGUACCAGGAGAGAAGAAGACGCAAUACAGAAUAUAUGGAACAGAUCGAAAGGGAGUUCCUCGAAGAGCAAAGAAAGAAGUUGGAGACGGAUACGCACCCGCUGCCUGAGAAACCGCCAGAUGACAGUAAACCGGACGUGAAAGCCGAGGAGGCCCGCAGCAGUCCGCUCCGCAACCACGCCAAGUCCCCCGAUGCGGGCAGGCGCUCGCCGCGCUCCCCGCGCGAGGACGGCGAGGUCAGCGAGGACGAGCUGCCGCUCACCGCGCGCCGCACGCGCGACCCGCGCGACAAGCCCGACAAGCGCCCGCGCGUCGUGUCCGGCAGCGACCACAGCAACACCGAGACCGCGCUCAGCGUCAAUGGGGUCAAGGAUGGUAGCAGCGCCCUAUCGGAGACCUCGUCCCCGCAGUCGCAGGCGUCGCAAGCGUCGCAGGCGUCACAGGUGGCGCUGGACCACUCGUACUGCCGCCCGCCGCCUGAACACAGCGAGCGGCCCGAGAGGAGGCCUUCCAACCAUCUGCAACACGAUCAUGGUUACACAUGGAUGGCGGAGCCCGAGACCGUCGCGUCGCCGGUGGAGGAGCCGGAGACCAAGAAGGACGCCAAGCGGCCUUACAAGAGGAAACACGAGCCCAAGAAGCUGGCCGAGAUACAGAACAAACUGUACGAGCCUCGCGAAGCGGACUACGACAAAGUGAUGUUCCCUAAAGUGACAUUCAAGGCUCGCGACCUCAUGGCGGAAAUGCAAGUGAUGUACGAGUUCCUGACGCGCGGCAUCGACCGCGAGGACGUGGAGUACCUGCGCCGCGCCUACGACGCGCUGCUGGCCGAGGACGCGCACGGGUACUGGCUCAACGACACGCACUGGGUCGACCACCCGCCCACAGACGUCUGCUACUCGCCGCCCAAGAAGAAGUCCAAGCGACAUAAUAAUAUCUAUGAGGAUCUGCAGGGUCACUCAAGCGGCUCGGCCCGUACAGAAGGCUACUACAAGAUGGACGCCCGCCUGAAGGCCAAGUACAAGUACCACCACGGACGCAGCUCGGCCGCCGCGCUACACGCCCACACCGACGACAAGAAGGCCAGCAAGAUGCAGCUGCUGUCGCGGGAGGCCCGCUCCAACCAGAGGAGGCUGCUUACUGCCUUCGGUACUGACACGGACUCGGAUCUGUUGAAGUUCAACCAGCUCAAGUUCAGGAAGAAGCAACUGAAGUUCGCCAAGUCCGGUAUCCACGACUGGGGUCUAUUCGCUCAGGAGCCUAUAGCAGCGGAUGAGAUGGUGAUAGAGUACGUGGGGCAGAUGAUCCGCCCGAUCGUGGCGGACGUCCGCGAAGCCCACUACGAGGCCACCGGCAUCGGCAGCUCCUACCUGUUCCGUAUCGACCUCGACACCAUCAUCGAUGCCACCAAGUGCGGGAACCUGGCCAGGUUCAUUAAUCAUAGCUGUAAUCCGAACUGCUACGCGAAGAUAAUAACGAUAGAGUCUCAAAAGAAGAUUGUGAUAUACUCCAAGCAACCGAUAGGCGUCGACGAGGAGAUCACCUACGACUACAAGUUCCCACUCGAAGACGAGAAGAUCCCGUGUCUGUGUGGCGCGCCGCAGUGUCGCGGGUUCCUUAACUAAGCUUUUAUUAAAAGCCAGCGAAAAAAACUUAAGAAAGCGAAACAGUAACAACAAAACAAUAAGGGAAAGUAUGCCAAACUCGGCGCAGACGGUGACAAGCACAUACAGUAAAUGAACAGCCAUAUUACACAAUCUCGUUAUGCUUGUCGUUCCGAGUGUUAAAUGUAACAACUGGGUAUUCACUAUUCUGUGAAGAUAAUACCGAAAUUUUCAUUAUUUUUGUAUUUACUGGCAUGGCAUCCUACGGCCAUUUAAAAGUAGAUGUUACAAAAAUAUUGCUUUGCGAACUUGGUGCUUGGUGGUUGUUUACUGUAUGUGCUAGAGCUGCACUCUGGUGGCCGAACAUUGCAGUAUUAUCUUCUAUUGCAAGAUGGUUUUAAACUGUAUUCCAAUUGUCUGCUUUUAUGACGUCAGGGAUAAUCUUAAACGUAUCGUCUUGCUAUUGUUUUGUUGCCUGUGAUUGUUGGCUGUAAGCUACCGGUACUUACACUGUCGCCUGUCGCUCUGUCGGUCACAAAACACAUGAACUAUAAGGCUGAAACUGGUCUGCACUUGUCCUUACCCUAGUAGUCUGUACAGAUCGUAGAUCAUAGUCACGCGAUCUGAAUAAGGAUGGAUAAAAACUGAUCACUUACACAACUCACGCAACGUUGCCUAAGUUUAAAUUUUCAUAUGAAGUCAGUCUAGGCGUCGUUUCGUGUGCUACGUGUGAACAGUUUGUCUCUACCUUUAUACUUGUUUAUACAUCGAUUAGCCUUGUAAACUCGUAAAUUAAUGGAUGUUUGAUUGUAUCUGACGGAUGAAUUCAUCACACCAUAUUUGCCUGUACGAAAGGCUAAUUGAACUACAAUGAAUUUCAUAAUAUAAAAUGUAUCGAUGUCAACGUUAAUAUAUUGAUAAAUACAUGAUUUCCUAUUCAAUAAAAUAAUAUAUACAUUAUUAAUAAUACUUAAAUGAAACGGAAAGCAUUUGCAACGAGUGGAGUAACUUUCAGUGUUGUGAUUUAACCAGGUAAGAUAGUGGAAUGUUUUCAAAAGUCCUCGCCUACCUCUCGUUAUAGAUCUACAGAUAUAAGAUGAAUUACGCGAAAAUGUGUAUUCAGGGUUCAGUUUCAUAUCUUCUUCCAUAGUAUUAAUGUUUAAAUAAUCUUAAUGUCGAGCCAACUUAAUAUUGUAUUGACUCAUUUUAGAGGGUAACUGUUAUUACGUGUAUAGUAAUUGCGAAUAGACUGCUAAUGGUAAGUACCAAAACCUUGUGGAAUGACUCCGGCACGGACUUAUAACCGCCUGCCACUAUUUGGCAGCGUGCCGCGGGUCAUACAACCCAUGAGUGGUCACUCUCUACAAUUAUGUGUAUGUAUGUAGUAUCGUGGUUUUGGACACUGCCUCUUUGAAACGAUUUUGUCAUUUGUAUGUACCAUAUAUGAGUGCUGGUGUGACUCUCAAGUGUUUGUUUAUUGUAUUUAAUGUGGAGACCCAGUGAACAUAUGUAUUGUAAUUAUUAAAAUAACUGCAGCAACUGAUUCUUGUAUUAUAUUAUAAUAUUUUGACUGAGUCUAAAUGUAUGAUUCACUAGGCAUAGAAUGUCUGAUAUAGCGAGCUGUAUAAUUAUUUGUGUUGUACAUUAUGUGUGUAAAGAGAUCUCUGCUAUUACGUCAGAUUUGUGUAGUACACUUUUUAAGUACAUCAUCUUGUUAAUAACUCGAAGACAAUUCGUAACCAAAUAAUAUGGGGUGUUAAUAAACCUUACUUUUCGAAAUAGAUACUACCUUGUAAGAAACGUGCGAGUUUCGUUUGUGACGAAUAUUAGUAAACUGAAUAAUGACUGUAGUGUGUUCUACUCGCAUCGACUUUCCAAAUUCCACUUCAUAUUAUGUAAAAUGUAAUAAGAUUGUAAAUAAAAAAUUCCAACAAUUGUAA